AGUCCGGCAGAAAUAAAUGAAUGAGGAGCGAUUAUAUCUCACUGUAUUUCGACGUCACGUUGUUGGAAGGAUUAUCGUACAGCGCACAUAAUAAGGAUGGUAAACAGUAUAAAGUACUGGAUCAGUAUGACAGAUUUUGAGUAGAUGAAUGGGACAGGGUUUGCACUAUGCUGAGGACGUUUGGCCUUAACAUCGGUGUUUCAAAAUAUGCGAGCUAAAUCUUGGCUGAAAUACACAUCGCUAAGGUUUUGACAGGCGCACAAAAACCUUUGGAAACGUGAAUUCACAGCUAUCUUUAAAAAAAGAAGGCUACGUUUAGGACUGCUUUAGGAUUGCCCUGUAAUUUUGAUGGUUUCUCUACGCUUGGUAUUCGUUGUUAAUCGCCUUUCUGUGUGAGCGCAUGCGCAAUGGCAGGCCGCGAGCAGCAUCAGCACCAUUCGCAGGUGGAGAUGAAGGCAGAGCUGGACGAUGCGGAGCUGGCACUGCAGGGCAUAAAUAUGCUCCUCAACAAUGGGUUCAGGGAAAGCGACGAGCUCUUCAGGAGAUACAGGACCCAAAGUCCAUUGAUGAGCUUCGGAGCCAGUUUUGUUUCCUUCCUGAAUGCCAUGAUGACGUUUGAGGAGGAGAAGAUGCAGAUGGCCUGUGAUGACCUGCGUACCACAGAGAAGCUGUGUGAGAGUGACAAUGCUGGCGUCAUUGAGACCAUCCGCAAUAAAAUCAAGAAAAGUAUGGACUCUCAGACGUCAGGGUUGGCAGUAGUGGAUCGGCUCCAAAGGCAGAUCAUAGUGGCUGACUGCCAGGUCUACCUCGCUGUGCUCUCUUUUAUCAAGCAGGAACUUUCAGCAUACAUUAAAGGAGGCUGGAUCCUCCGCAAGGCUUGGAAGAUGUACAACAAAUGCUACAGUGACAUUAGCCAGCUUCAGGAGGCUUGUCGCAGACGUUCCUCUGAUCAGGCAAAUCACAAUACAACUGUUGCCGAGAGCAGCAGUGGGCUAACGGAGGAGGCACUGGGGCGUCUGAAAGGCUCAGUCAGUUUUGGCUACGGCCUUUUUCAUCUCUGUAUCUCUAUGGUUCCUCCCCACCUACUGAAGAUAGUAAACCUGCUGGGAUUCCCAGGAGAUCGACACCAGGGCUUGGCUUCGCUCAUCUACGCCAGUGAGAGCAGAGACAUGAAAGCACCACUGGCCACACUGGCUCUCUUGUGGUACCACACAGUGGUGCAGCCCUUCUUUGCUCUGGAUGGUUCUGAUUCUCGAGCUGGGCUGCUAGAAGCCAAAACCAUCCUGCAGAAGAAAGCAGUCAUUUACCCCAACUCUUCUCUCUUCAUCUUUUUUAGAGGCCGAGUACAGAGGUUAGAGUGCCAGAUAAACAGUGCACUGGCAUCUUUCCACGAUGCCCUGGAGUUUGCUUCAGACCAAAGAGAGAUCCAACAUGUGUGUCUCUAUGAAAUCGGGUGGUGCAGUAUGAUUGAAAUGAACUUUGAAGAUGCUUAUAAAGCUUUUGAAAGACUAAAAAAUGAGUCCAGGUGGUCACAAUGCUACUACGCUUAUCUAACUGGAGUAUGCCAGGGAGCAUCGGGUGAUUUAGAAGGGGCAAACUCUGUUUUCCGAGAUGUGCCUAAGCUCUUUAAACGCAAGAACAAUCAGAUUGAGCAGUUUGCAUUCAGGAGGGCAGAGCGAUUAAGGAAGCUGGGUGCCACACAGGAGCUGUGCAUUCUGGGAGUUGUAGAGGUGCUGUAUUUGUGGAAGGCUCUUGCAAAUUGCUCAUCCUCCAAACUGCAGCUCAUGAGCCAAGUGCUGCAGGGUCUGGAUGACCCAUCCUGCCUCGGCUUAAAACACCUGCUUCUCGGUGCUAUACAGAAGUGUCUCGGAAAUAUUAAAGAUGCUGUUCAGUCGUACCAGAUGGCAGCCAGAGAUGAGCUGGGCCGACUGAACAACUCUUAUGUGCAGCCGUACGCCUACUACGAGUUAGGAUGUGUGUUAUUGGCUAAACCUGAGACUUUAAGUAGAGGAAGGUCAUUGUUGCUUCAGGCAAAGGAGAACUGUACAGGAUAUGACUUUGAGAAUAGACUGCACGUCCGAAUCCACACAGCCCUUGCCUCGGUGAAGGACGUGGUCCCUCUGUGACCCCAGUUGACCCAGGAAAUGCAUUUUACAGGGACCACUCCUGUUUAGCACCUUUUAAGAUGCGAGCCAUUUAAAAUAUUUUUUUCUUACCUUUUUUCUUUUUUGUGAAAACCAUAAUGAUGAAUUAUUUUCUAGUUGGAUAGGUUGAUCACCAAACGUGUUUUUUUAAUAUUUAUUUUUUGUUGUUUUUCUUUAGUAGUUCAUGCUUAAAUUAAUUACAUUGCCACAUCUUAGAGUUAAGUUAAAGGUAGCUGACCCAUUACACUGAUGAAUGUUUCUGUUACUGAAUGUUUUUUAUCUUUUCUGGCUUUCGAUGUGUGUUGGGUUUUAGGUAGAACAUCUUGGAAAGCGUUAAAAACAUUUUACAUUUUAUGUGGCUUUAUCUUUUUAUAAUUUGACAAUUUAUAAACGAGUGUAGUGAAAAUAAUACUAGAUUAACACUACCUACCUAACACUACCUAACACUAUAACAAUAUAUACACACACAUUAAUGUCAAAGGAUGGCAGUUUAUAAUAAGCAUAUUCCCCCUGAAAGAAGUCAAUUUAUCCACAAUUUUGUAUUUUACAAAAAAUAUCAGCGUAUAAUCUAUAAGACUACUAAAAAAUGUAUUUGGGAAUAAUGACUCUGAAAUAAUAAAUCCUUUUAUAUGUUUUAAUGCCCAGAAAUCUUCUAAAAUUGCUUAAGAGCAAUACUUCAUUUUUACUUUAUAGUUACAGGGAUUCAUAAACAUUAAUGAAGGUUUCCAUGUUUAACUGCAAGUAAACAAGCUUACAUUUAUCAGGAGGAAAAUGAUAUCCCAUACCCAAAUGUAUGCUGUUAAUAAUUUUAGCUGGUUAUUUGAGCGGUUGAGUGGUCCUGCAAUUUUGUUUCUUGUAAAAAUUCACGUCAGUUGAAGCAGGUUAACCAAUUUAUAAAUUAGUUUGUUGUUGUUGUUUUUUUUAAGUUUAGAAGUAGUUUUAAAUUGGAAAAUGUAGAUUUAGCAUUCUAUUAACAAAUUUGAACCAAAGACAAAUCUUUAUUGUAAUUGACCAUCUGAGAGGAGUUUAACCAUUUAAAACCACUUUUUUUAUUUUAGGGACUGUCAGGGGUUUAACUAACUAUUUGUUUAUGUUUUCACACUGGUGCUUCAUGUUACCAUUGUAACUAGUGCUACAGACUCUAAACAUAUAAGAUGUAAGAUUUAAACUUGAAGUGAUGAAUAAAUGCAUACUUAUCUGUUCAGUCACCUUUAUACAAUCUGAUUCCUUCAUCAAGUCACAUAUACAGUAAGUCACAUCACUAAUCAGACCAGUGGGUAAAUGAACUGGAGACACUGGACCACAGACACGUUUUUCCAGUGUGCUGAAAUUCUUUGCAUUUGACAAUUCCUGCUUUAGAGAAUUUCUACAUUUUUGCAGACGAACUUGUCAGACAUUGCAAACUUGGCAAUACUUCACAAGUUAAUGUUUGUUCAGUGAUUAAUCUAAAAUCUGCAAUCCUAUUAAUCUCCAAUCACUAAGACAAGUUUAAAGAGCGCGAAGAACAAGAGAGAAGUCAUUUUCAUCACCUAUAAAAAUUACUUUUUUCUAAAAUCAAUUUCCCUAAACCAAAUUGACUGUGAUUAUUGAGAGGAACUAUCGCAUUUGAAUAGUGUAACUUAAUUAGUAUCGUUAAUUUUCUUGGUCAUAAACUGGAGGCAUACGGUAAGAUAAAUAAUAAAAACUAUAACUUCUUCAGAAUAUUGACCAUAUUUAGAUUAUUCUGUGCAUGAAAAGAGUGAUUGCUAUCUAGCCCUUUAACACUGUUCUUAAUAUUUUGAUAAGUACAGACUACAAUUAAUAUGCAUUAUACAGAGACUGAUACACGAUUACCUCCUGUUUUUACUGCUGUUGGUUUUGGAUGUUCAUACUGUAGCACCUUGUGAAAGUGUUUGCAAGAGUUAGUUUUCAUUGUUACAUAACUACUAGUGGCAACAUUAAGACAUCCCGCACUGCUAUACAGAGUUUAUGAAAUGAGGUUAAUGACAUACAGCCAGGGGGCGGUUACUUUUUUUUUUACUUUUUUACUUCCUUUUUUUAUUGAAGGUAAAUUAGAAAUCCAUAUACAAUUAUACUAUUAUCAAAGCUUGUUCAGUAAUGAGCCAUUUACCUGGCUACCUUUUUCAAGUAUGCACUUGAAGUGCAUAAAAACAUAAUAUUGACAAAUUUAAAUAUCAUUUUAGUCAAGCUAGAAAAGAGAUAUGAAUAUAGGUUUGAUUGACUGAUUAAUUAAUUGGUUUAUUGAUUGAUCGUGUGUGUCUAAUAUUUCAAUAAUAUCAUUACAGUCAUAAAAUACCAAAUUUCUACAGUGAUAUUAUUUUUACAAUGGAAAAACUUGCUGGCUGCCAAAUACAGUAUGUAAGAACCCCAAUACAGAUCUAUACGGGUCUAAACUUUAUUACACGCUAUUACAUUGAGAGUAUUUAAUCUGGUUUGUUAGAUGACGUACUCUUGGAUAAUCAGCCUGCUAAAUCAACCACUCCAGUUGCAUGAGUUAUUUAAUAAUGCACAUGCAUAUGCUGCCUAGACUGGAAUUAAUGAAUAUUUAUAAAGUUAAAUAUGUUCACAAUAUCUAUGUAUUGAUUGACUGAUUCAUCUACCAUGUUUAUACUUUUUGAAAGAAGUCAAAUCAGGAACCAUAACACACUUAAGCCCUUAAAUAUCCAAAACCAUUUUAUGAGCAUAGGAAAGAAUAUAUUCCUUUUUGCCAUCAAUUACCACUUUUUUUUCAAUGCACUUUUCAAAAACAGGUAAAGUCCUAAAUACAAACACAUGCUACCACAGUGGCUCUUAAGGUCAAUUUGUAGACAGUAAUGACAUUUUUUUAAAAUAAUUAUUAAGAUGCAAAAGACAUACCUUGCAACCUAAAAACUGAAAAAUGAGACUGUGUAACUCUGAGACUGUACUUUGACAUUUUUCCAUGCUAAUGGCUUGUGUCUCUUUAAUCAGGGUUUUCUUUAAUUCACAAUCUUUUGCAAAUUGAAAUAUUGAAGAUGAAGUGUGAUUUGUUUCUUCUCCUGUCUACAUUAAAACAUUCUGCUUACAUUCAAAUAUGAAAAAUAUCUACAUUUUAAGUAUUUUGAUCAUGUGCAAAAUAAGUCAGAAUUUCACAUCUGUACUGAUAAUUUGUGUGCUUUACUGUUAAGUGACAAGGUAUUGUGUUACUAUGUUAAUCUUACUGUAUAUGCAUAAUCAUAACUAAAAUUCAGUACUGAAUUGUCACAGAGACAGUGAAGUGUUAUAAGUGGCAUUUCUGCCAACUGUCCCGUGAUCAUAAUGUGUUGCUAAUACCACUUCAAAUCACGGCCAUCAAUUGUGUAACAUCUACAUUAUUAUAAUUCCUCUUAGAAUCUGGGAACAUACUGGCUUCUGCAUGUAGGGUUUAGAACCAUACCAGCUUUCAUACCAUUGGCUCAAAUUUUACAAAUAAGGGAUUAAGCAGGUGUUAUACAGCAAGAACAUUGAAAUGUCGCUGCUGUAAUUCAACAAUCAAAUUCAGCGAUAAAGCAUUUUAUCUCUUUUACAUUCCAUAUACGACUACCAUAUUUCCAGAGGUUUCAAUAUAUUUACAACAUAUUUCUAAAAGUUGUUGAAAAUGUCUAUUUUGGGACCAUGUCAGAGAUAUCACAAAUCUAGCAAUAGGAAUUCUGGGCCGUAGAUGCAGUAGAGGAUUCAGAUUUUGGGGCUUUAAGUCCUCAGAAUCUCAGGGGCUAAUGAUUAACAUCAAAAAUAAUUCAUCAUUGUUAUGGUAACCGUAUAUCUUUUCUGUGUUUUCUUCCUAAAACUAGACAAAAUGUAAAAAUAC